AAAAGACAUAAGCCUCAACUUUCCUGUAGAUACGUUAUGACACUGAACGGGUUCUCCACAGCUCGCAACGCCUGUCCGACAAAUAUUUAGGGUGCCGGACAUCCAUGGCGAGUCGACAACGCUGUGCUUGACAUGACCUCCACGCUUCUUAUGAUACAAGUGACAGCAACAUAGUACACUAGGGGCUCUUACCUCUAACGCGUCGAGUAUUGCACUAUUUCCUGACCGCUUACCUAGGUAGCGUUACUAGCGGCAUUCGCCUGAACGCUAGUAUCUCGCCGCUGGUAUCUGUCAAGUGCAAGCUUAAAAGGAACACUUGUCAGACCCUAGCAGAGCCUGUGCUUUGCGAAGCCGGACAUCUAUCUAACAUAUCUACAGUUUGACAUUUUACUCCGUCGGCUGAAUGACGCGCCGGCGGGAGAGACCCAUGGGUUCCGCCAUGCCGCUGUCAAUUCUUGCCUCACUGGUGGUACUGCAACUCUGUAUGACUCCGACGCUUUCCCAGAGCUCCGGAUCCGUACUGACACCUAUCGUCAUGUACAGCGACGCCCUGACUACCGACAGCAGGGAUGUUGCACGCAAGUCAGCUCUGGCGAACAGCGUAAAGAGCGUGGGAGCUUCGUACGCUCCGAAGAUUGUGACCGGCCGACCGGCUUCAGUUUCAAUUGACGCCCGGACGCACAUCAUGAUGACCAACACGCUUCAAACAAUGUCAGAGGAGACCCUCAGCCUGCUUGUGAGCACCAUCGACGCGCCUGGCUGCAUGCUGGUGCUGGCGGCCACUCCCGACACCGCGCCCAACUACAACCUCCUGCUGGCGCCCUUCCUGGGACAGUCGCUCGCCUGCUCCUGGCGAGACCUUGACCGAGCCGCCAACGCAGCCUACUCGUACCCCGGCAUGGCGCCCGCCUUGUAUGCCGGUGGCAGCCCCAAGGUGCAGACCUUUGACUGUAACGAGGGUGCCCAGUGGUUCCCCACAAGCGAUGGAAGCAGCCCGGUGUACUACUUCACCACGCCAAACGGUGGCUACAUUAAGCUUCUGGGUUUCGACUGGGGAACUGCAAGCCGCGUGAGCGACUGGUCUACGGUCCUGCUCUUCGUGCCUCCCUCACCGCCGCCUCCGUCGGCACCGCCGCCGUCGCCGUCGCCACCGCCGCCGUCACCGCCGCCACCAUCGCCACCGCCGCCGUCACCACCGCCCCCGCCGCCACCAUCGCCACCGCCGCCGCCACCACCGCCGCCGCCGCCACCACCGCCGUCACCUCCGCCGCCGUCACCGCCGUCGCCGCCGCCAGAUAUGCCGUCCUCACCGCCUCCGUCUCCCGAGCCCCUCCCGCCCAGUCCCCCAUCUGAGCCCGCCCCCGAGGCCCAGCUCGUCCUCAUUACGGACGAGGGCGACGCGUCCGACUCCGCUCGCAAGGCCUCCCUGCGGUCCGCCCUGCAGCAGCUGCUGGGGCAGGCGGGUGUGGUGGUGAAGAGCGCCCCGGGGUGGGCGCCCAUGCAGGUGGUGUACGACAACACGUUCGCCAACCUGCGCAGCGAGCAGCAGGAGGACCUGGUCAGGAGGGUCAAGCUGGGCAGGACCACGCUAGCGCUCAUCGUGACCUCCGACGACAGCGCUCCCAACCUGGCGGAGAUGCUGGCCUCGCUGGCGGGGCAGGACGCCACAUGCAGCAAGCGCCGCAUGUCUGCUGGCGAGCCCCUCACCGCGGCCGCCGGCUCCCAGUACUCGGGGCUGCUGGGGGUGCCGCAGUACGGCAGCGAGAUGGCGCCUGCCGACAGCAGUGUGGCCCUGGCCUGCUCGCUGGGCCGGCGGCUGGUGGGCGUUGAUGUGGACGACAACGAGGGCCUGGUCUGGGAGAUCAGCCUGGGGGCUGGCAUCCUGCGUCUGAUCGGUUACGACUUCUCGUCGGGCGGCUUUACAGCAGACAUGCAGCACAAGGUCACCUUUGCGCAGCGCCUGCCCUGCACUGCCUCCCUGGCCGCAGCCUACCCCACCUCCCUGCUGCCGCCACCGGCGCCAGUGGAUGCUUCCGGCCCCCCAAGGCCCUCUCGGCCCCCGCCCGCCAGCCCCCUGCCGCUGUACUCCGGCUCCCCACCCGACUACAUUCAGCUCUCCGACUUCGAACUGCAGCCGGACGCUGACGAAAAGGCGAAGCUGAAGGACGGCAUGGACGGUCUGGGUACGGCAGCCAUCUGGCCGUACGGCGGGGUGCAAGGAGCCCGUGUGCACGUGGGUUUCGACACCACCCUGGUGCGACUGAGCCCGCUGGCGCUGGAAUCCGUGACGUCCCUGGUUCGAUCCCAGCAGACGGUGCUGUCCGUCGUGCUCACCUCGGCAGUACCGGACGCAAAGCUGCUGCCGCUGCUGAAGAAGAUUACGGGAGCGGAGGGCCUGCAGUGCGCGACGGGCACUGUUGCGGAGACCACCCGUAUCAACCGCAUCGUGGAGAUCCUGGGAGACCUGCGAUCGGACGGCUGGCGCGCGCAGCCCGUCACUCGCUACGUCAGGUGCAACAUGGGCGUCGCAAUCUACUCGGUCAACACGGACAACAAGGAGGCCGUCGUACAUGAGCUCAGCACCCUUGGCGGUGGUAUCGUCCGCCUGAUCGGUUACAACUUUGCUUCCGGCGGCCGAGGUGACAACCGCAAGUCGGUUACCUCCCUCACCGUCUACCCCGGACCCCUCGUCAUCCAGCCCUCCCUAGACGAAGCACCCCCGCUGCCUCCCAGCCCAGCCAUCAACCCCCCGCCGCCGUCCCCAGGCCCUCCCAACCCCUCGCCCCCCGUGCCUCCACCCCAGCCUCCCCCCGCACCCGCCACCCCCACCCUGCCACCCUCCGAACCCCUGCCACCCUCCUCACCACCUCUCAGCCCGGCGCACCCCCGUGCUCCCAACAGCCCCGGAGCUCUCCUGCCGCCGCGCCCCAUCCGCCCGCCGCCCCCGCCGCUGGGCCCCUACUAUGACGUCAUCUUCUUGGCGGACGCCACCGUGCCCUCCUCCGCCCUAGACGCCAGCCGCAAGUCCAAAUUCAUGGUGGGCGUGAAGACGCUGAAGGGUAUCACGGAGGCCAAGCAGACGGUGCUGGGCAACGCGCCUGUGCAUGUGGUGUACGACAACACCUACCUGGCGAUGAGCCCCGAGUUGAAGGAGGACCUGCUGACCCGGGUGCUGCUGCGACAGACGCUCCUCACCAUCAUCGUCACACCGCAGACCUCCGCCACACACAUCGCCAACAUCGUCAGCACCGCCACCGGCCGCACCGCCACCACCUGCACCAAGUCCGCAGUCAGCACCGGCGCGCGCAUCGAGCUCGGCCCCGCCGCCCUGCGCGACGUGGUGGGCCCCUGGAAGGCCGCCAACGGCACCACCACGGUGUCCUGCAGCGGCGCCACGCCGCUCUACCUCACCGCCGCUGGGAGGCCCGUGGUGGAGGAGUUCCUCACGCCGGGCGGUGGCACAGUCCGCCUGCUCGGCUACGAUGCGUCCGCUGGCGCACGCGGCGCCGGCCGCCUCACCAUCACCAAGCUAGCUGUCACGCCGCAGCGCCUCACGGCCAUUCCCUCGCCGCCGCCGCCGUCACCGCCGCCGCCGCCACCGCUAAACCCACCGGCGCCGUCACCGCCGCCACCAAUGAACCCGCUGGCGCCGUCGCCGCCGCCACCGCCGCUAUACCCGCUGGGGCCGUCAACGCCGCCGCCACCGCCGCUAUACCCGCUGGGGCCGUCAACGCCGCCGUCUCUGCCGCAUGCGCCGCUCUCGCCGCCCCAGCCGCCAUUGCCCAGCCCGCCUAGCCCGCCUGAGAAGCCUACGGAGCCCUCGCCGCCCUCCUCGCCCUCCUCGCCCGCCCCGCCCUCGCCUCCCUCACCUCCGCAUGCGCCGCCUCCCCACCAGCCCAGCACGCCGCCCUCGCCGCCGCCACUGCCGCCCUACCCGCCCUCGCUGGAGGGUGUGCUGGUGACGGUCAUCACGGACCCGCCGGGUGUGGCUCAGGGCAUUGACCUGGCUCGCAAGAAGCUGCUGCUCAGCGCACUGGAGGCCAAGCUCACACCCAGCGCCGUGGCAACCCGGGUGCUGCAGUACUACCCGGGAGUUACCUCGACCGUCGUGUACGACAACACGUUCAGCAGGACGGCAUUCAAGACCUCGGACAAGGCUGACCUCGCGGCGGCGGUGGACAGUGGUGAGACGGUGCUGACGGUGAUGCUCACCCCCAGCUCCGCCACCCCGGUGGGGGUGCUCAACAACAUCAUCAAGACCAUUGCGGGCUACGACGCCUCCUGCACCAAGACGAGCACCGUGGUCGGCUCCACGGCCUCCAUCACCCUCUCCAAGGCCAACCAUGACGCCGGUGCCGCCGGGCUGCCCGCCAAGCUGAGCAACGGCGCCAACGGUCUGUCGUUCAGCUGCUCUGGCAUACCCGCGGGCUCCUUCUACCCCAUCUACGUCACACCCACAAGCGCCACCGCCAUCGCGGAAGUCAUCACGCCCAACUUCGGCGUCCUGCGCAUUGUGGGAUUUGACUUCAACAAAACCAGCGUGCCUAAUGACUGGGCUGCCGUACUGUCGUACAACUUCAGGAUUGCAACGGUGCCUUAACCACUGGCAAGAGCGCCGCAAUGCUACGUAACCGUUACCGUUACAACUGUGUAUGAACCGGUGCCACGCGACCUACCAAAGCGCCACCCGGGUGGUAACGACCUGGCUGUAGAUGGUAAAGAAGAAUGUAUGCGGGUGUUACACGCAUCCGCCCUGCUGAACCUGGUCCAAUGGCCAGGGCUUUCAUUUCAAGCGGUGUGUAUCCAGCAUUUGUUUGACGACCCACGGGUCACCACCGACCCCAUGGCCCGUGACAUGAUGCAAGCUUUGCGCCUCAACGUGGUGAGAGCUGUCUACCAGCAGUUGUACGCCCCGCCGUACGUAAAGCGGGUUGCUUGGCUGCAGGGUUUCCAUGUGCAGGGUGGUGCCCAAUACAUGGAAACUGCCGCCAUGCAUGUUGGUUGUUGGCUGCCGGGGUCACCUCUUAAGGGUGUGUGUGGGUGUCCUGGGUGCUGAUUUGUGGGUUAACACAACUGGCCGCGAGUCAUGGCUUAUUAUGUGUUGCGGCAUAUCGUUAUUUUGCAGGUGUUUGCUGGCUAAGGCCUGUUCCACCUAUUAGUGUAUACUUGACGCGGUUCCAACUAUGAUACGUACAAGCCAGGAGCGUCCUUCUGACCGUCCAUACUUUUGCAGUUCUUAAAGCUCCUUUCGAUGCAAAGAAGGCAGGAACGAAGAGGAUCGAAGUGGACCCUUUUGGUACGGGGAGGAGGAGGCAGGGUUGAGGAGUCAUGCAGAAGGGAACGCGGGGAACGCAUGCCAGCCCAAAAUCCGAAAAUGUUACCUACGGUUCGAUCGGGGUCAUGGCACGAGUUGGGGGAAGGUGUUUGGGCGUUUUUCCUGAGCUGGGCUAAAACAUUAGGUUAUCCAUGCCGCCAUGCAUAUCGCCCAACUGCUCCAUGGGGGAGCUGACGGCAACCGAGCGCCCCUCAUUUUGACGUCUUACUAGGGGGCCCGUGCUGCCAUGUUUUAUGUUUACUUUUCGUGCGUGACUCUGACUGGACGCGUGCCAAUUGGGUGUACGGAACGACGAAGGGAGACUGAUGACGAUGCGUGUUUUGUUCUGUGUGUGACUCCUUUGGACAUUUACCAAAACAACAGCGCCGCGCUCGCUCCUGGGACAUUGAUGGUGACCGUGUGUAUCCCUGUGUGUUGUGUAUCCCUACCUGCGUGCGUGCGGGGAAUCAAUGCAAUGCACGUCACGAACAAAGCAAAGGAGUGAUGGCCCUGAUGGGGCUAGCUGGAUGGUCUCUUACAAUCUUACCUCCUAAUGUGCGCCUGUGUGCGCGUGUGUUCAUCAAGUAAGGGGGGUAUAGUGUUAAGGGGAUCGCUCUGGCAAAGUGUUUGUUGUGGUGUUUGGUAGAUUUCGUUGACACGUGUUGCGGCUUUCCUAAAUUUUCAUGUUGACAAGUGCGAACGGAAGUCCUUACCCA